UUAUAUCUGAAAAUAAAAUAAGUACUAUAUAUUGUUGCACAUUUAAUAUCAAUAAUGGAACAUAAAUGAAUAAAAGAAUAUUCUUUUAAUAUUUAUUAAUGUAAAAUUCUCUCUUCUAAACUCUAAUCAAUUAUAUGUUGUUAUAUGGUAUCGGAAGUAAAGAACUAGAUGGACUUUAAUCAGAACAUAAAUAUUUAAGAAUUUUGUUAUUGCUACAUCAUUGAUGAUAUUCCUUAUUAAUAAAGUAAGUCGGUUGUUAACAUCGAUUCAAUUUUAAUAUUGAAAUUCUAUAACCAUUUAUUUUAAAUCAUUAAAAAGAAGAUAAAAAUGACAGAACUACGAUUUGAUAAUCGUGUAGUUGUAGUGACAGGAGCUGGUGCAGGUUUAGGCCGUGCAUAUGCAUUAUUAUUUGCUUCUAGAGGUGCUAGUAUUGUAGUAAAUGAUUUAGGAGGUGGACGGCAUGGUGAUGGUAAAAGUAGUCAAGCUGCAGAUAAUGUUGUAGCUGAAAUACAAAAAAAUGGUGGAAAAGCAGUGGCUGAUUAUAAUUCAGUUGUGGAUGGCGCUAAGAUUAUUAAAACUGCUAUUAAUACAUUUGGACGUGUUGAUGUAGUUGUUAAUAAUGCUGGUAUUUUGAGGGAUAAAUCUUUUGCAAAAAUGUCAGAAAAAGAUUGGGAUUUGAUACAAGAUGUUCAUGUUAAGGGUGCAUUUAAAACAACUCAAGCAGCAUGGCCAUACUUUUGUAAACAGAAUUAUGGCAAAGUCAUUUUUACCACAAGUAAUAGUGGAUUAUGCGGAAAUUUUGGUCAAAGUAAUUAUAGUACUGCAAAAAUGGGUUUAGUUGGUUUUGCAAAAACUUUGGCAAUUGAGGGUGCUAAAAAAAAUAUAUGUAUUAAUGUCAUUGUACCAACUGCAGCAUCCAGACUUACAGAAGAUAUUAUUCCUCCUGAUCUAUUUAAAGAAUUAAAACCAGAAUUAAUAGCUCCAAUAGUUUUUUGGUUAUGUCAUGAAAAAUGCAAUGAAACUGGGUCAGUUAUUGAAUCAGCUAUAGGUUGGGUAAGAAAAUGUGAUAUUGUUCGCUCACCAGGAUAUGUUUUACGAACAAAUUUAAAUGAUAUUGUUACACCUGAAAGUGUACAAAAAAAUUGGUCAGAUAUUGUUGAUAUGACAUCUGCUAAAUAUGCAGCUAAUGUAGAGCAAGUAGUAGAAGAUCAGAUGAAUAUUAUUGACAAUUUAAAGAAUGGCGUUUCUAACAAAAAGAUUGAUGAUAAUGUUAUAUACAAUAAUUAUGAUAGUCGAGAUAGCAUCCUGUAUGCUCUUGGAGUUGGAGCAACUAUUGAAAAUCCAUUCGAUUUACGUUACUUAUAUGAAAACCAUGAGAAUUUUGCAAUUUUACCUACUUAUUACAUAGUUUUUGGUGUAAUGGGGUGCAUGAGAAAUUCAAUUAUAUCUAAUUCUCUACCUGAUUUACAGAUAAAUCCUAUGAAUAUAUUACAUGGAGAACAAUAUUUUGAAAUUUAUAAAGUACUAUCUGGAGAAGCUAAAGUAAAGACAGUCUACAAAAUUUUAGAUGUUCUUGACAAAAAAAAGGGAAUAGUGAUUCUAAUUCAACAUGAUACUUUUGAUGCUAUUAGUGAAGAAAAAUUAUCUACGGGACAGAUGUCAUUGUAUGUUGUAGGUGUUAAUGGUUUUCAAGCCAAGACUACAUCUCCACAUAUUAUUCCUAUUAUUGAUCCACCCAAUCGUAAUCCAGAUGCAUCUGUUACUCAAAAGACUACUAUUGAUCAGGCAGCAUUGUACAGACUCAAUGGCGAUCCGAAUCCUUUACAUAUUGAUUCAAAUUUUGCUACAAUGGCUGGAUAUAAAAGACCGAUUUUACAUGGAUUAUGCUCUCUUGGAUUUUCUACAAGACAUGUUCUAAAUACUUAUGCAAAUGGUGAUUCAAGUUUGUUUAAAAGAAUAAAGGUCAGAUUUGCAAAACCAGUACUUCCAGGAGAAACAUUGCGCACUGAUAUGUGGCAAAAUGGUAACAGAAUACAUUUCCAAACAUCCAUUGUAGAAACCAAUACUCCUAUUAUUGUAGGUGCUUAUAUUGAUUUAUUCAAUGUAAAAUCCAAAGUAACACCAACAACUACAACUGCAACUCCAACUGCAACUCCAACUUCAAAUCUAAUUGCUAAUAAUAAUGAUCUACAAAGUAACGCAGUUUUUAAUGCUAUGAGGGACUAUGUCAAAGCUAAUCCUGACCAAACGAAGAAAGUGAAUGCAAUCUUUCUUUACAAUAUUACUGUGGAUGGAAAUCCGAAAGCCCAAUGGACUUUGGACUUAAAGAAAGGCGAUGUGUAUAAAGGACAACCUACAUCAGGAAAAGCUGAUACCACUUUAACUAUAGAAGACAAGGAUAUGAUGGAUAUCGCAACAGGAAAAGUAAAUCCACAAGUUGCAUUUAUGCGAGGAAAACUAAAAAUUACUGGUAAUAUUAUGUUAACCCAAAAGCUUAAAACACUUAUGGAAAUGAACAAAGCAAAACUAUAAUCUCAAUUUUACUUGAAUGAACGAAUGAUUAUAAUUCCAUUAUUAAACCAAUAUUUCUAAGAACAUAGAAUACGUAUGACCGAUGUAGCGUUUGUUAAUGGCUACUCAUUUUUUUCAAUAUUUUUGCACAAUCUGUUUGUUAUUUAUUUUCUAAAUUUCGUU